CUGUCUAGGUGGGCUCAGUCUCCGCCUUCUCUCCGCUCUGAUGUCACUCACGGCAAGAGCCUUAGGCUUGGAGCCACCGGGGGAGUCAGUGGCUAGUUCAUGCGGGGAAAUCUGAUUGAGAGCGCGUGAUACCGUGAUAGCUAGCACUACCAGGGUAAACGGUUAUUUUCUGGAAAAGGAUGGAUGAUCAAGGUUUGUUCAUGGUAAAAUAUCCUGUUUAACUGCGGACACUUUUCACUCCAGUCAACUUUAAAAGAAGCAGUUAUCAAAGCAACAUGGCCAGCGUUGGUUCCCAUGACAGUAACGGCGUGGUGCAGAUCUUCAAGGAGGACCGGUGCCCAUCCCCUCGCCUCGAGGACUGCCUCCUCAACCUCACGUGGCAGACAGAUUUCCCGGAGCUGUUCAACCACACAGCUAAUGGCAGCUGGCUGGGGGACCCGGAGCCCAUGUCGCCAAUCAUCCUUAUCAUAGCGGUGAUGUACUCCGUAGUGUUUGUGGUCGGACUGGUUGGAAACUGCCUGGUCAUGUUUGUUAUCAUCAGGUACACUAAGAUGAAUACGGCCACCAACAUCUACAUCUUUAAUCUGGCUGUAGGAGACGCCCUUGUGACCACCACAAUGCCUUUCCAGAGUACUGACUACCUGAUCAACUCAUGGCCCUUCGGAGAGGUAACCCCUAACCCCUAACCCCUAACCUCUAACCUCUAACCCCUAACCCCUAACCCCUAACCUCUAACCUCUAACCUCUAACCCCUAACCUCUAAUCUCUAACCUCUAACCCCUAACCCCUAACCUCUAACCCCUAACCCCUAACCCCUAACCUCUAACCCCUAACCUCUAACCUCUAA